AGUUCCUAAACAGCUGAUUACUUUUUUGUUUUACUUGCGAACUAUUUAGUAUUCGACAGUAUUUUUUGCAUUUAUUAUGGAAUAAUUAUUUGUGCAUUGACCGCGGAAUACUCGUACUAAGAAAAAAUACAUCAUGAGCUAAUUUACAAAAAAAUAACUGAAUAACAAUCACACGUAUUGAAAAUUAGAUUUCUCUAGUCAGCAGCAGGUUCAAUCGCGGCCUGCAACACAUUUUUUACAUAUAAGAAAAUUGCCAGUAAUUACCUAUCCAACUAAAAAUAUGUAUUAUGCUUGGAGCUAUUUGCUCGUGCUUAUAUGGCUGGCCUAUAUGCUUUCAUCUGGUGUGCUGCUCUUCUCUCGAGGUUUCCUUCUAUCACGGGUAUCUAAAGCCGACGUCAGCUCGUGUCAACGACUAUCUUUAAAUGAAAGUGAUGAAUAUUUUCUGAGUGAAGAAAUAGUUCAAGAAAUCUUCAAAGAUGUCAAUGCCACUUCCCACUUGUGUUUGCCGCAGAAAUCAAAAGUGAUUAUUUUGGUUAUCGAUGCGCUGAAACAUGAAUUCGGUGUUUACAAAGAGAACCUUACAGCUCCACUCCCAUUCGAAAAUAAGUUGACAAUAAUGUACGAUCUUAUGCAAAACUCACCGGACAAUGCACGCUUGAUGCGUUUUAAAGCAGAUCCGCCAACAACUACUCUGCAGCGCCUAAAGGGACUUACCACGGGUAGCUUGCCAACAUUUGUGGACAUGGGUUCAAAUUUUGCAUCACCGGAGAUUAAUGAAGAUAACAUUAUUGAUCAAUUGGUAAAACAUAAUUUACCUAUCGUCUUUUUGGGCGACAGCACAUGGACGGAACUAUACCCACGUCGAUUUAGGCGCUCCUAUUCUUAUCCCAGCUUUGAUAUAUUCGAUUUAGAUACAGUGGACAAUAAAAUUCAACAACAUUUGCCCAAAGAACUUGGCAAGGACGAUUGGCAAGUUUUAAUUGCACAUUUCUUAGGUGUAGAUCAUUGUGGACAUAAACACGGGCCUUUGCAUGAGGAAAUGGCACGCAAACUCGAUGAAAUGAAUGAUGUUAUUAAAUCAAUUGUAGCAAAAAUGGAUGGCGAUACAACUUUGCUUGUUAUGGGGGAUCAUGGAAUGACGGCAUCUGGUGACCAUGGGGGAGAAACCGAGGAUGAGACAAAUGCGCUUUUGUUCGCAUAUGCUAAAGGUCAUAAAUUCAUCGGUAGUGAAUUUGGUUCAGAUAACACAACUAUGCAACAGAUCGAUCUUGUGCCCACCCUCGCUGCAAUACUAGGCGUCCCAAUACCCUACUCGAAUUUGGGUUUAAUCAACUUUAAUCUCGUACCUGAUAUCAAAGUACCCUAUAUGAGCAGAUUCGAAACUCUUUUACUGCACGCCUGGCAGAAUGCGCAGCAAAUUUACAAGUACUUCUUCAGCUACGCUUUGGAGAAUAAGCGUACAUUUAGUGUCGAUGAGUUGGAGCAAAUUCAUAACGAAUAUAUCCUAUUCACUCAUCGCGUAAAAACCGUGUACAAUGAAGCUGGUUUCAAGUCAUUUGUGAGUGAUUUAAAUGCCAAUAUGAGACUUAUACUCAACACAUGUCGCGAAAUUUGGGUAAAGUUCGACGCCGUACAAAUGUCUCAAGGACUAUUGUUUACGCUGCUGCCUAUUUUCUUUUCGUUUUUGCUAAUCAAUAACUUGAAUUCCAUAGAAUUGUAUCAUAUAUUCUCACUUAAAGGCAUCACGUACACAUACCUAGUAACUAUUGCGGCUGGUUUCUUUGGAUAUCGCUUUUUCAAAAGUUUCUCCUUCCGAUCGGAGGAACAUGGCGUAAUUUUCUUUACCAAUAUCCUAAGUGCAUUUGUCUUAGUCUUCCAAAUAUUGCAAAAUUGGCGCAGAAUUGCAGACAACUGGUCAUCAGUGAAGCGUUUCGGCAAUAUGCCAACUCGAAUUAUAUUCCUUAUCUCCGUCAGUGUCUUUUUCUCCAACAGCUUCGUUAUACAAGAACCGAAAAUACUAUCAUACCUGUUGAUUGCAUGCAUUCUGCUGCUUGCCUAUGAAGUUCUGCAAAAGUGCGUGCGUCUCGAGCUCAACAAACGUUUUAGAUUGUCGCAAUUCUUACGCUCCAGCACAGUUCGGCUGCUCCUGUUUAGUGUGUUAGCUAUUAUUUUCGUUCGUUAUACGUACACGCUGUUUCGUUGUCGCGAGGAACAGGGCAACUGUGCUGACUUCUCCAACAACGCGGGUGGCUUCUCGCUUAAACGACCGGCAAGCAGUAAAACAUAUAUUUUAGCUGUGGUCAUCAUAGUACUCUAUACAACGGUAUCCCGCCUCUAUUUACGACACAGCGGCAGCCUUACUGGUGGUUCGCCGAAUGUGUGGUUGGCACGCUAUGGACCGACCAUAGCUUCGAUUUGCGCCGGUGGGCAUUUGCUACUAGCGCAUAGUGCGGUUAAAAACGUGAAGCGCACACAUAUCGACGCCAUGGCGCUCGUAAUUUACGGACUUAUGCUGAUACAGAUUGUUGUGCUAUGCGUAUCGCCGCUGCUGACAUUCUACGUUUUGCCCAAUUUUAGCACACCCAUACAAAUAAGUCCAUGGGACAACGUCAUACCACAGAUUUUUAAAAAGAUCAAGCGUAUGUAUGAUGAUGCGGAGGCGCGCGCAAAUCAAAUGGAUGCAAUGAUCUAUGGGCUAACGACCGUCUAUUCUUCGGCGACCAUUGUGUUUGGGCUGUUCCUAAGCAUGGUUUUGAUAGUAUUGCUCGAACCGCGCGCCUCAAUCGGCAUGAUUUCAUGUGUGGCGAUUGCGGUUGUCAUCAUUUUGGUGCAUUCUACGUUGCGCUAUCGCACGGCGACUAGUUUCGAAAACUGUUUACAACCCACGUUCAUCGGCAUCGUCAGCUGGUUUUUGUUGGCACACUUUUGCUUCUUUGCCACCUCGCAUCAAACUACGCUAUCGCAAAUAGACUGGCGAGCUGCUUUCGUGGGUCGUACAAGUGGUCUUGGAAAGUCGCAUUUGAUUUCUGGUGUGCUAGUUAUACUCAACACCUUCUGUGGACAGGUAUUCUUUUUCUGCAUGUACAAUCUGCUGAGCGUGCUGACAUUCUCACUUUGCGCGCUGUAUCCAAAACUCAUAAAAAGUCCGAAUAUUUCGGGUGCUGGUGGAACACCUUCUACCGCUUCGCUAGAGGGUAUGGGCUACGACAUGUUGCGUGGCGAGUUUCUGCUCUUCGAGAAUGAAGGCACUUUUCUUGGCAGUUCCUUCAAACUCGCCGUACAGUUUCUAAUACUGCAAGGCAUUAAGGUGUUCUGUGCGAUGCUGGCUUGCACUAUUCACUGUCGCCAUCUGAUGGUAUGGAAAAUAUUCGCACCGCGUUUCAUUUACGAAGGCAUCGGUACAUUUGUUAGUCUAGCUGCUUUAAUUGUUGGUUACUUUGUUAUAUUACGCAUUAAUCGUGCUUUAGAGCGGUUAAUUUUCAAGACGAAAAAUAUGAAGUUAGAUUAAGCAUUUUCUUUUUGUGUUUUAUCGUCCCUUCUUUAUUUGUUGUGUGUUUUAGGCGCAUUGCAUCAAUAAUAUUUAUUUUGAAAAGAACCUUCUAAGAUGUGCCUUUUUUAUCUU